AUGAUUUCGAAGUACGUCCCGCUGGCCGCGAUAACGAUAAUCCUCGCGACCUACGUCGGCCCGAACUCGUCCGUGUUCUUCGACAAUCUCGACAAGAUACUGCCGCUGUUCGCGGGCAAGAUCCAGUUCAUUCGCGACUUCAUCGAGUACGGCAGCGAGGAGAUGUGCGACACGGUGCCCGAGCAGCACGCGGAGUACGACUACAUCGUCGUCGGGGCGGGCAGCGCCGGCUCCACCCUGGCCGCGCGCCUCAGCGAGGACCGGGACGCGCGGGUGCUGCUGAUCGAGGCGGGCGGCCACGAGUUCCUCGUCCACGACAUACCGAUAAUGGCGCUGCAUCUGUACUUCAACAAGGCCAUACACUGGGACUACGCGACCGAGCCGUCGAAUCAGUUCUGCCUCGGCAAGGAGAAUCACCAGUGCCGAGUGCCCGUGGGCAAGGUGAUGGGUGGCACCAGCACCGUCAAUUUCAUGAUCGCCACCAGAGGCAAUAGAAAGGACUACGACGAGUGGGCCGAGCUCACCGGCGACUCGAGCUGGUCCUACCAGGAGAUGCUCAAGUACUUCAAGAAGCUCGAGACCUUCGACGUGGACCUGGCCAAGGUCGAUCCCGCCUAUCACAACUUCACCGGGCCCGUGCGCAUCGCCAACAUACCCUAUCGCACGAAGAUAGCCGACGCCUUCGUGGAGGCCGGCGCCGAGCUCGGCUACACCGCCGCGGACUACAACGGCCAGCGCCAGACCGGCUUCCAUUACAUGCAGACGAAUCAGGUGCACGGCGAGCGCAUGAGCGCCAAUCGGGCCUAUCUGCACCCGAUCGCCAAGGACCGCGACAAUCUCCACGUGAGCAUGAACAGCCACGUCACUAAGAUCCUCGUGGACCCCGGGAAGAAGGUGGCCUACGGCGCGCAGUUCACCAGGUACGAGAAGUACGCGAAGCCGCGGCGCUUCGAGGUGUACGCGAGGCGCGAGGUGAUCGUGUGCGCGGGCGCCCUCAACACGCCGAAACUGCUGAUGCUGUCGGGCCUGGGGCCGGCCCAGCAUCUGCGCUCACACGGCAUCCCCGUGGUGCAGGAUCUGCCCGGCGUCGGCGAGAAUCUCCAGGAUCACAUUGGCUACGGCGGACUGUCGUUUCUCGUCAACGACACGGUGGCCAUCUCCGUGUCGGACAUCGUCGAUCUCAGCAAGUCCUUCACGGCGGACUAUCUGAAUCGUCGCCAGGGCCCGAUGACGACCCUCGGCUCGAUCGAGGCCAUCGGCUACGUGGACGUGGACGAGCCCGAGCCCCUGAGCAGCUUGGCCCGCGAUCGGCCCAACAUGGAGCUGAUGUUCGGCUCGCUGCAUCUGGGCAACGACAAGUCGCUGCAUCUGCCCUUCGCCAUAAGCGAGGAGCACUGGCUGCAGUCGUUCUCGCGUACCCUCGACCGACACGGCUGGCUCGUCUGGCCGAUCCUGCUCAAGCCCAAGAGCCGGGGCCGGGUGCUGCUGCGAUCCGCGAAUCCUCGGGCCAAGCCCAAGCUGCUGAUGAACUAUCUGUCGCACAGGGACGACGUGCGGGUGGCUGUGAAGGGCAUACGCUGGGCCGUGGACGUGAGUCGCACCCGGGCCAUGCGUAGGUACGGCUCGGAGCUGCAGGUGAGGCCGGUGCCGGGCUGCUCGGAGCGGCUGGCCCACGACACGGACGAGUUCUGGGAGUGCGCGCUGCGCACCUACACGAUGACCCUGUGGCACUUCUGCGGCACCUGCAAGAUGGGCAGGGAUACGGAUCGCAUGGCCGUGGUCAAUACCAAACUGCAGGUGAGAGGCGUGCACAGAUUGAGAAUCGGCGACGCAUCGAUAAUGCCCGAGGUACCCACGGCUCAUCUGAACAUACCGACGAUAGCCGUGGCGGAGAAGCUCGCCGACAUCAUCAAGUCCGAUUGGAAGUCGUCCAUGCAGAGAUCAUGCAACUCAGCCCUGGGCAUGGAGUCCGGGGCGAUAGCUGAUUCGGCUCUCAACGCCUCGUCGUCGUACGUGGCGAACGUCGGGCCGCGUUACGCCCGCUUGCGAAAGGAGACGGCCGGCGGCGGCUGGUGUCCCAAGCGCCAGAUCGAGGCGAGCGUGCGCGAAUGGAUCCAGGUGGACCUGGGCGACUGGCAUCUGGUGACGCACGUCGAGACCCAGGGCAGAUUCGAUCACGGCCGCGGCCAGGAGUACAGCGAGGAGUUCACCGUCGAGUACUGGCGGCCCGGAUUCGCCGCUUGGCGCCCCUACAAGCUCGCCGAUGGACGAGAGGUAUUCGCCGGUAACGUCGACACGUCGACGGUGGUGACGCGCGAGCUCGUGCCCGCCGUCCUGGCGACGAGGAUGCGCGUGCUGCCGCACUCCCAGCACCGGCGCACCGUCUGCAUGCGGAUCGAGCUCAAAGGAUGCCGCUAUCGAGGUGGCGUGGUCUCGUACACGAUCCCGGACUCGCCGGUCGAGGAGCUGAGCGACACCUGGUACGACGGCGCGAGAGAGUCGGGCGUGCUGAGCGGCGGCCUCGGCCGACUCGUCGACGGCGAAUACGGCCUCGACAAUUACAGGCUGGAGAUGGCGCCCGGCCGAGGCACCGGCUGGCUCGCCUGGAUGCGCGACAGCUUCUCCGACGACUACGUCGAGCUGGACUUUCACUUCGACGAUCUGCUGACGUUCGACGCGGUGCAUCUGUACACCAACAACUACUUCAAACGAGACGUUCAGGUAUUCGCUCGGGCGGACAUCUGGUUCAUCGAUGCAGGAGCAGCAGCAGCAGAGACGACGGACGAGUCCGAGCCGGACGUCUCGUACGCGUACAUACCGGACACGAAUCUGGAGAACGCCCGCAACGUCUCGAUAGCUCUGCACGGCAAGCGGGGCAGAUCGUGCAGGUUCCGGCUCUACUUCGCCGCCAGGUGGAUAAUGAUCUCCGAGGUCACGUUCGACUCGUGGAAUCCCCGAGCGAGAGAAGUUACGACCGAGGAAGCGGCCGCGGCUACCACGCUCGAGAGCGCGUCGGCUUCGGCGGGAGCCGCCGAGGACAGAGCUCAGCUUGGCCAGGACGCCGAUCUCAAUUUACAAACGAUCACCGCCCGCGAAGAGGACCAGGAAUACGUGGAGGUACUCAUCGGGGUGCUCACAGCGAUAACGCUCCUGCUGCUGCUCGUCUUCCUCGUCAUUCUGUGGCUGAGCAAGCGUCAAAAGCUCCAGACCUCGCCCACCGUCUUCAAGAAUCCGUUCGGCUUCGCCAUCAGCACGAAGGAUUUUCUGCUGAAUCUCGGGCUCGGUCGCUUGCUCGAAGUCGUGGCCGGUGACGAUGACGACGACGACGACGAGGAUGACUACGACGCGGAGGACGACAACGAGAAGUACGACGACGAGAUCGAGACAGCGAACAUCGUGAACGUCGGUGCAGCGGAUCAUCGACCGGAGGAAGAACUGAGCCAGGAGUCGCUCGCGAUGGAGCAGCAGUUGAAUUCUCCGCUGGUCGACGCCAGCUCGCAGUACAACAGGUCCACCUACGCCGUCGUGGCCACUAGCGACGGUCCAGCGGCGUUUCACGAAUUACAACAGCAGCAGCAGCAGCAGAGAAACAGCGUGAAUAAAAGCGAGCUUCGUUCGAGCAAGAGCUUCGAGAGAGGUGGCUUGUACGGCGCGUGCAACAACAACAACAACAACAACAACGGCAGCAACAGCAGCAGCAGCCGCUCGGAAUCGGGCGGGGCGAACUACGCGUCGACGUCCUGCAACAACACCGUAGUCGGCUCGAGUCGAUCCUGCUCGCCGGCCCACUCGGUCUCGCAUUACUCCUCGUCUACUACGUCUGCCAAGCAGCAGCAGCAGCAGCAGCAAUAUUAUCGUACCCUGGGCCACCAACACCACCCAGGCCAGCACCAUCACGGCCAGACGAGGUAUUACGGCGUAGUCGGUGGCUCGACCGCUGCUCUGGCCCAGCCGAUCUAUCAGCAGCACCAUCAUGGGCAUCAUCAGAUGUCGUCGUCGGAUCUCGAGUGCUCGUCGUCGUCGCCGACUCCGAUGAAGCGCUGGCAAGCCUCCGCCAAGGUACCACCACCGCCAUCAGCAGCAACAGCACCACCACCACCACUGGUCAGAUGGAACAUAGGCCCCUGCCAGGACCAGCUGCAGUUUUACGCGGGUAAGGAGGUCGAGCCGGCCGUCAUACCGGCACAGUGUCUACGCACCAUGGAGAAACUUGGUUCCGGUCCUAUCGGUGAAGUAAUCGUGUGCGAGAUGUCGGGCCUCGACGAGCUGCUCCUGUACAAAUCGUCGUCGUCCUCGUCGUCGUCCUCGGCCGAAUCGCAGCAGCAGCAGCAGCAGGCUAUGAACUGCCCGAGGCUCUGCACAGCUCGAAUACCGAUCAAUGGCAGCAACGAUCAUCCAGCCGAAACCAGCCAACAGCUGACGACGAGCUGCUCGACCUUGACGACGAUCGGCGACGGCGGCGGUGACGAUCAUCGUCACGAUUACAACGUCGGCGAGGCGAUGCGCGAGAUCCGUCUGCUGGCCGGCCUGAGGGACUCGAAUCUCGCCCGGGUCCUCGGCGUCGUCUUCGUGUCUUCGCAGGACCAGCAGCAGCAGCAUCGGGUGCCCUGGACGAUCCUCGAGUACACGGAGCUCGGCGAUCUCGCGCACUACCUGCAGUACAGCGAGCCGCUGAUCGUCGGCGCCGCCCAGAGGCCCAACUGCAGCCUCAAUCUCAUCAGCCAAAACUGCCUGCUGUACAUGGCCGCCCAGAUAGCCUCGGCCAUGCGUUACCUCGAGUCGAAGCAGCUCGCGCACAGGGACCUGGCGGCGCGCAACUGCCUGCUGGGCAGACACUACCAGGUCAAAGUCACCGACAUCGCCUCCUGCAGCGAUCUCUACAAGCGCGACUACUACAGCUGCGAAAGCGGCGGCGAAGCCAAGCCGAUCAGGUGGCUGGCCUGGGAGAGCAUAGUGCUCGACCGGUACACGUGCUCGAGCACCGCCUGGUCGUUCGCCGUCACCCUCUGGGAGAUAACGAGCCUCGCGCGCGAGAAGCCCUAUCAGCAUCUGUCGGAUCGGCGGGUGCUGCAGAACGCCGAGACCAUGUACUUCGGUAGCGAGCAACAAGUCCUGCUGCCGAAACCAAUGAUGUGCCCGGACAACGUCUAUCGCAUAAUGCGCUCGUGCUGGCGAAGGGACGAGUCGCGCCGGCCGAGCUUCAAGAAGAUUUACGCGUUUCUCAAAGGCGUUGUGGCGGAUUAUCGGCCCUGAGCGAGCGAGCGCCACAAGGGAUGAUGACGAUGAUGCGUUCGCCGCACUGUGAUAACGUAUAUAACGUAACUCUCUCUCUCUGAGCGAGAAAAAAAUAAGAGUAGGAGGAGGAGGAGGAUAAAGAGGGCAACUUGUAUAUUAUCAUAUAAGCACGCAUGCCUUAUAUGUAAUGCGAAUCUAUAGAACCAAAGAGGGAGAAAAAGAAUAGCGAGAGAGAAAAUAAAAAUAAAAGAGAGAGAGAGAGAGAGAAGAAAUAAAAGCGAUCCUAGAUGAUGUAUUAAAUAUUAUACAAACACAGCUCUGCUGCAUACCGUACAAUCGUUAAGUUUACCAACACACAAUCACAAACUGUGUAUUGUAUGCGUGCCGCGCGAAAUAUUUUAACGAGGCUCGCUAAAAAACAAUAACGAGCUCGUAAUUCUCGAAACGCGUGUAUAUAUAUACACAGUAAGAUCGGACUGAUUCUUUUUCUCUCUCUCUCUCUCUCACUCAAAUUCGAGAUGAAUAUUUACGAUAAAAACAUAUCGACCUCGGUUAUUAAAAAAGAAAAAAAAGAAGGGAAAAUACUCUGUACUCGUGAUGUCGGGGGAGGGAAAGUCGAGCUUUAGUUUCGAGCACGUUAGAGAUACGAUAGAAAAUAAAUGUACGAAAGAAUACAAAGAAUAAUGAUCAAGAGCGUCGAGUCGAAGAGACGUUAUAAUGAAAUAACCAUAUCGCGGUAACAAUGUGUACGUUAUAAUGAAAUAAAAAAAAAUAAUAAUAAUUAUGAUAAUGACCUAUUUUCACUGCAAAAACAAAACGAAACAAAGAAUCUGUAAUUCCAGUUAAAAGGACUGUAAAAAUAAGGAUAAAUACAAAGACUUAGGGAUAUAAUAAAAAAAAAACUAUACGUUGAAAUUUUGUACGAUCGUCGAACGCGCGAAUAUAUAAUGUGUAUAAUGAAACUCGAAAAUGUACAGAUAUAUCGAACGACAUUAUUAAUUAUAAUUCAUAUGUAGAAGAAACAAAUGUAUAAUGUAAUCGUCUGUGCUUUAACGAGACUUAUGAAAGUGUAAAUACAAUCAUGAGAUUAUAUUCGUUUCAAAAAACUCGACACAAGUAAAAUUGGAUUGAAUAAUUUUUUCGAGCACUAUCAUAUACGUAAUUUCUGUAUCUUAUGAAAUUAAAGCCAUUAAACAGUAUUAAAUGCAUCAUGAUUCAUUGAGCUACUGUUUAGAUUCGAGUCUUGGUUUCAACCGAGUAAUUGCGAAGCAUGAAAAUAUAUACUCAAAGAGUUGAAAUAUUUUUCAUCGUCGAUUCAAACGCGUGUCGCGCUAUUAUAUACGUAUUCUUCGAAAUACCGUCAUUUAAUUUUUUCAUUUAAUAUCAUCAAAAACAAUUAUACUGCUUGUAAAAUGGAAUAUGAAUAAAGAUAAAUCGAAAAUCGACUCGUAGCGUCUCGUAUUUUUUCAAUUUCCUUGUCAUCGC